GAAACCAGAGCCGAAGACGCUGCACGUUGAGAAGACAGACCGGAAAAAUUUGUCGGUAGAGCAGAAAGAGAAAUUAGCAGAAAAGAAGUUAAAGCUAGAUCAGAAAGAAAAAUUGGAACGCAAAACGCUCCAGGUGGAUAAAAAAGAGAAGGCAGUACAGAAUUCUCCACAGGUAGAGCAGAAAGAUAAGUCAGGGCACAAUAUGUUGCAGGCAGAGCAGAAAGAAAAGUCUGAACAGAAGAUGUUGCUGGUGGAUAAAAAAGAGAAGGUAGAACAGGAGGAGGUACAGCAGAAAGAGAAGCCAGAACAGAAGACCUUGCAGGCAGAGCAGAAAGAGAAGUCUAAUAAGAUGGUAUUGCAGGUGAAACAAAAAUUGAAGUCUAAGGAGCAGACAAAACGUCGAUAUCAUAGUCAGUACUUGGAAUGGUCGUACGAAGCGAUUUCGCAGUCGGAGAAAACGUCACAGCUGAAACAGAUCUCGCAGCCAAUAAAAUCGCAAACAGAGAGAUCGAAGUAUGAGAUAAAACCUCUGCUAACAAAUUGUCAGACGGAGAAACUAAAGCCAGAGAGCUUACAUCUGGAAUUCUUAAAAGAACAGACAAUUCAAGUGAUGCGUUCAGAGCCAGAGAAGUCACAGAAGGAGAUGUGUCUUCAAGCAGACUUGCAGCCAAAGCGUGAGAAGCGAACCCAAGCGAAACACAAGGUACAGCUGCAAAUGAACUCGAAGCUGACGGUGUUGGACUCGGACAUUCCGCGCGCGCUCAAGACUAGGUCACAUACAGAGCCGACUUUGAAGAAUGUCAACGAAUCACAGCGCAAAGCCAAGUCACAGAAUAACUUGCCACUGGAUCCGGAUCAGAAUCAGGAAACGAAGUCGUCUGGGACUUCAUCGCAUCACAGCCAUGGAAGUCGAACUGUCGCUGAAUUGGGGCAGUGGAACAGCGCUGAGAUCGUAGCGCAUAGCACGCUGCUCUCCAUGCAGGAGCAGAUGGCCAAGCGAGACAGCAAUAAUUCAUCGCCCUUGUCGUCGCCCUUCCACGCCUGGCUGGCUGCCAAAAAGGAGAAGCAGGAUCAGCUGAAAAGGGAGCGCCGUCUCUCAACAGAGCUGGAAGAGCAACGUGCUAAGGAGCGCACGCGUCUCGCCCAGCUGAACUAUGAGCUUUGGAUCAAGAAUAAGAACUCUCAGCUGCGACGGGCCAAGUCGGAUGUGAGCUCCGGUCAGCUGACAACCCAUUCGCGUCAGUCGCUGCCAGCCUCCGAAGCGCAACGCCGUCUCAUCGAAUGGGAGCGCGAAAAGCUGGCCGAGCUCAGGGAGCAGCGGCUGAAGCGUGAGGCCUACAUCGAACGGCAAAAUCAACUCGAGACGGCGCGCCGCGAAAUGAGCGCCGAGGCCUUUGAGCAAUGGGUCCUGGCCUCUCGCAACAAGCCGAAGCCCGUGCCCAUGGGCAAGGGCCUUGACUCGCUGCGCGGCACUACCGCGCCCCUCUUCACGAACCCCAACGAAUGGAAAUCGGUGCAUGGGCCCAUCGUCAAGAAGCCGCAGAAUCCGCCGCCGCAGCCGCGUCCGAAGCGCCCGGGGCCCGACUACGAGCGUCUCGAGCGUCUGGCUCAGCCGCGACGCACGGUCUGCAAGCAGAGCCCCAAUGUGCGGCCAGAGCCCCUGAAGCUGAGCAGCUCCCUGGACAGCUGCCUGUUGCGUCCGCAGCGCACGUCCAUGAUCUGGAACAAGGACAAUGCACAGCGCGUGCGCGAAAUGAAGCGGCACACAUCGCCGGACGGGGCGCAGCUGGAGCUGCACGACGAUCAAGUGGAGCAGCUGCGCCAGCAGCAGGACCAGCAGGACAGCAAGAUUCUGCCGAAAAAGUUUCAGGACAAGCGCGAGAAGCUGCGCCUCCGGCUCAAGGACUGGCUCGCAGAGGGCAAGGCGCUGCCCGAGCGCAGCCGCAACAACAGCUGCACCGACAUCAACUACGAGCUGAAGCAGGAGCAGAAGCAUGAGCUCAAGCAGCAGCAGCGUCGCGCCGUUUUCGCCGAAGAGGCGGCCCUGGUGCAACGCCGUCGAGUCGUCUUCAAUGAGACGCGCAUUCUACGCUCCGACGAGCAUCUGCUGUCGGCGGCCAACAAAUCGAAUAAGCCGCUGCAGCGAGCACGCAGCAUCGAGCCCAGACAUUUACUCAAGUCGAAGGAACCUCAGAAAGUGAAGCCAUGGCGUUAGAUUUCGGUUCAGGUUUGCUUAGAACGCCCUGAAGGCCCUUUCCUC